AUGGCGGACGACCGCGCUCGCUUUGCGGUCAUCACAAACUUCGAUGCGGACUACGAAGUCGGUUUCCAGUGCGCCGCCGUAAACGAUCAAUACUGCAGACGAUGGCGGCACAGGUUUUUGCCUUGCGUCCUGUCGCGCGAAGAGAUGCAGAUGGUUUGCGAGGGACGCCAUUUCGCAUGGGCGAAAGUUGCGCUGUUGAGAUAUCUCUUCAAUCCGCACUCCUGCACUACUGGCACCCGGCAGAUUUUCGGAAGCUGGAUAGGUGGCGACGAGGCACGCCGCGCUCUGUUCAAAGGCGUGGAUUACAUAGUGUGGAUGGAUGGCGAUGCCAUGGUCUUAGACCAUUCGCAGCAGCUAGAUGCUUUUGUUGCCGGCAAAUUUCGGAGGAAAGACUUGGUCCUCGCAGAAGACAUGUCCUGGGCGGACUACGUGAACACAGGAGUCCUGUUCGCGCGUACUGAUUCAGAAUGGCUUCGAACCUUCUGGGACGAUGCGUGGAACGGGGCCCAUGUUCGUUUUCAUGAGGCACCUUUUUGGGAUCAGAGUGGACUUUGUCAAGAACUCGCUCGGCGGAGGGAAUUCAUACCUCAGGUGCUUGGGGCAAUGGCAACACGGCUCCCCGCACAGGGCCCAUGGUUCAGCUGGAUGGGUGGACCGCACUUGAAGGAGACCUCACACCUGGGAAUAUGGGAUGCUGCCUCUCUGCAAUUUGCGAAUCCCCUGCAUGCGCAGUUCAUUCUGCAUCUCUGCGGCUACAGCGAGAAGCUCGCGUUGUGUAGGAAGAUUUGUCAGAGCGGCUUUUUGCGCAACUUCUCCUUCCAAGCCGAUUUCGGCAGCCAGCCUCACAAGCUUGCCGGGCCAUUGUGGCAGGCAUCACUUGAAGUCUUGGCUGAAGCUGUGGAAGCCUGUCCCCUUGGAUGGCCGGCUUGCACCGGAACCCUGCAUCCGAACUGCAUGUCCAAGCUCGAGAUGAUGGAAAUGCCUCCCCCUCCCGGUCUCAUGAUCUUCCACCUGCGGGCCGAAUGGGGAGACAAGAUGGUGGCUGCCAAGUCCGUGCACAAGAUCGGGCUCAGUCGCCCAGUGGCUCUAUGGCAGAUGUGUGACUACGUGCGCGGCACGCCACCUCCUUGCCAUCCAGUCUUGGGGCAGCUUGAUCCAUCGCAGCUGUGGUGGUGCAGUUGGGACCUACCCUCUAACGCCGACUUUGACGAGCUCCUGGCGAGACGGUCUCUAUCGUGGGCGCAGCUACACCUGUAUCCACCAGGUGUCAGAAUUCAACUCGAAGCGCCUGGUGCCGAGCAACUACUGUUCUGGAUGCUCGAGGGCACAGCCACGACCUCUUCUACAAGAGUCGAAGCAGGUCGGGCAUUGAUCGUUCCUCGCGGCGGAGUCCUGGUCGGUUUCGCAACAACACCGGUUAUGGCAUUGUCUGGGUUCCGCUGCAAAGAAGCCCACGACAAAGACCCAAGAGCCUCUUCGUGCAAGAAGCAGACUGCGACGAUGCACGUUGAUUCAGCCGGGAGCCUAUGCCCAUUGGUGGACUCUGGAGGUUGGCAAUGGUUCGGUGACCCUGAAAAUUGGUUGGGGGCACCUCGCGGUCAUGAGCCAGUGGAUCAAGUUGCAGCUGCACGGCAGAAAGAGGCUCUCAAAGCAAAGCCCUUCGCAAAGGCGACGGCAGCUCCCUUUUUCGUCGUGGCUGCUACGAAUUUGCAUGCCUUGUGUUGCGCGUUGCAGGCUCGAGCGGUGCUAUCCAGGGGCGCAAAGUCCGUGCAGGCGCCUAACUUGGCGGCCAGUCGCUGUGGAUUGCCAGGAUCAAACCGGACAUCUGACUGCUAA